GCACAAAUUGACACCAAGUGUGUGAAUAAUCCAAUCAUCACUCUGUGAUGCUAAUUAUAAUUUUUCACUUGUUUUCCCUUAUUAUAUAAUCUCAUGUGCUCGUCUUUUUCUUAAUCACUAAUAAAGUUUCUUCUCUCUCUCUGCUCUCCUCUUUGCUUUUCACUUUCAACUUAAUAAAUAAACAAUAAGAUGACGAGCCUCGAAGACAUCAAGAAGGAGAUUGUUGAUCUUGAGCGGAUUCCUGUUGAAGAAGCGUUCCGAGAAUUGAACUGUACCAAGGAUGGACUCACCAAUAAGGAAGGCCAAAAGAGAUUGGAAGAAAAGAAGGCAAUCCAUCAAACUCAUUCAUUCCUUUCUAAGAUAAUUGAGAGCAAGGUGCUCAAGUUCUUGGGCUUCAUUUGGAACCCUCUUUUAUGGGUGAUGGAACUAGCUGCCAUCAUGGCCGCCAUUGCAUUAGCAAUUGGAGGGAAUGAGCCACCGGAUUGGCAAGAUUUUCUGGGUAUAGUAGUGCUAUUAAUCAUAAACUCCACCAUCCGUUUUAUAAAAGAGAAUAAUGCAGGAAAAGCGGCAGCAGCACUCAUGGCAGGCCUUGCCCCUAAAACCAAGGUAUAAGAACAAAAUAAACACAGAUCUGAAGAAUGAUGAUGAUUGUUGGUUGGGUAUUAUAUUUAAAGGGAAAGGAGAAAGAAGCGCGGGAUUUAAAAAGUUAUUAUAACAA